AAAACUGUAGCGCUCUGAACAGCAGAGAAACCACAGCUGGUUUAAAAAUGCUGUAACUCCUGUACUGUGUACAUGUGCCUGAGCAACAGCUCAACACCAAAAUGUGAAAUCCUUAUCACAAGAGCUCUUUAAAAAGCAUUCUAAGCAGGACAGGAAUUCAGUUUAGUUUAUCUGGCUUUAGGUUGUUCAGAAGAGAAGUAAUCCUUCUGGGUUAGUUUUUAUCCUUUUGGGUUAGUUUUUAUCCUAAGUCUGAUUUUAAGCUCCCUUUUUGUGCUUGACCAAGAGCGUUGAUAUUGUUGAUCAGGCACAGCUGUGAUCAAAAUUUAAAAGAAUAUGUCAAUUGAAGAGAUAACAGAAUUUUUUAGGUGAGUUUUCACAGCUUCAAAUCUAAGAAGCCAGUGACUUUGGGGAAAUGUUCAGAUUUAACUUAACUAACAAAUAAGCAAUCACUUCCAAACAAAUGUGUACCUAUGACUAUACAAUACUGCUAGAAGAUGAAUUCUAAGGCAUCUUAUACCAUAUCUCCCAUUUAACGGUUAUUUUUAACGCAAGAUAUAAAUAUUUGCCUGUGCAAACUUGUAUUUAAGCCUCAGCUUUCGUCACUCUUAAACAAAAGGCUCAGUUUGUGCCAGUACCUCCAUUAGACGCAAUUAUAGAAUUAAAUAUUAAUGGUGGCUUCCUUGGAGGAAUUGACCACUUUGAUGAGAACACGCUGUUGGUAAUGCACCACCAGCAGCCGCUCUGAUCCUGCCGCUUCCUGGACGCACAACCACAGCCCCAGGGGAGAAAUUCAGGAGGCAGCUGGACUCUGUAACAGCCCCCAGCCUCGCCCCCACGGCCGUGCCCACUGCCUGUGUCUGUGUUUCCAUCUGCUUCCUUACCAGUCCUGAUCUGGAGACUUUGAACAGAUCCCAAACUCUCUUUCAACACCUUGGCAGGACUCUGCCGAGGAGGAGCAGGGAGCAGCCAGGGAGCCGGGAGAGCCAUGCCGGACUCCUUCGCCAUCCACUUCCUCAAGGUGCUGCGGGAGCUGCUGGCCUUCGUGCUGUUCAGCUACACGGUGCUGCUCGGGGCGCUGCUGCUGGCCGGCUGGACCACCUAUUUCCUGGUGCUCAAAUGAGGGCUCUGCCCCUGCUCCUGCUCCCACGGGCUCUCCACAGGCUCCAGGGCACAGCUCCACACACGGGAUGGAGGCUCCUUCCCCCUGCGCCAAACCCGCGAGGGUUCUGUGCUGUCGCUGCCUCGCCGCGGUCUUAUUUUCCUAUGUAAAAACAAUAAAGGUUAAAAGAAAGGGUAUCCCCGUGCGUGCACUUUACAGAUCCUUGUGGCUCUCGCAGAUUCUUUGUGUCUCCCGGGCGUUUGUUUCUGUUCUCUGAAGUAUUUAAAAGCCUCCCAGCAGUUUUCUCCUGAUGUUCCCACCCUGCCGAGCGCAGCACAGGGAUGCGACACCACGCCAGCAUCUCAACAAACAAGUCCUGCCUUGUCCUACCCUGCCUCAUUAAGGGUGUGAAGGCAGACACAGAAAUUACUUGUAAUUUGUUUUAGAAAUCCUGGGAAAAGACAUUUCAAAUCAGCACAAGGUUCCCCUCUCCCUACAGUUUUAUGAGGUACAGGGUUGUUACCUGGCGCUCUCGGGUGUGCCAGGAUUUUGAACAAAUGUUUAAAGCAUAGAGUUAGAUGAAGAAUGUGUGAUACAGCACUGCCUCGGCAAAGUAACCUGUGCUGACUGAGUCUCUAAAAACAGGAGAGAGAAUAAGAAUUCCUGCUACAACUAACAAGAAUAGAUUUAAUUGAUCAAGGCUGUUUUGUGUGGAAUUGCAAGGGAAACCUUUGCUGGAGAAGGUGGAGAUUAACACUAGCACGCAACUACUAAAAUCAAAGCAGCAUCAUGUACUUUAGAACAAUAAACAUGAAUUAAACCAGGGCUGUGAAGAGGACUGCGUUGGUCACGCUCUGUCCCUGCUGGAAUUCCCUUUUACCCAAUGGAGCUGAUUGCAGCACAGGUGCAAAGUUGGGUUUUUUAGUUUCUUCCUUAUCUUGGGGGUUCUGCCCAAUGUCCUCAUGACCCAUAAAUUCCACAUUCCUUUUCUCCAAAUCCUUCUUCCCAAGCUUUGUUCACCUUUCCUGGCUCUAAUGUCACUGCAACACAUCAAACCCUAAACCUUAUCAAGGCAAUUCCACCACCAGGUAAUUCGGUUUUCCAACACCUGGACAUCGCUCAAAACUGCUGUUGUUGGUUGCUCUCUUCACGGAUUAAAUAUUCAUGUUUAAAUAUUAUUAUUAUUAUUAUUAUUAUUAUUAUUAUUAUUAUUAAAUAUUCUUGUUCGUCAGGCUUGAAAGCUACAAAACCAAACACCAAAGAACAACCCAUCACACAUUCCACACUUUGUAACAAUUAGGUAAGACCCUGUUCAAUAAUCUCCAUCACAUUCCCAGCAACUGGG